AAAUUUGACUAAUUUUGUGAAAAUCACUCCUACAUUUUUUGUAGGAUUUGUCAUUUUUAGGCUACAGCAAUUUGAAAAAAAUGGUUAAAAAAUAGUUUUACCCUUUCCAAAAGACAGUCUAGACCGUUUUUGGAAAAAACUAAGUAUGCAAAGUGGCUUGACAAAGUUUUCAUGUACAGAAACUUUAAUUAAAAUCUGCGAGGGUGGUGCCAACUCUGAAUGCGAUUUAUCGCGAAAUUCGUCAAUAUUCUGUUCAACGUAUCUUGUGAUAUCAAUCAUGUAGAGGAAAACUUGUUCAGAAGACCAAGAGCUAGCCUAUGGAAGAUCAAGUAGUUUAAAAUAAAAUUCUGCCGCUAGGUAGCGCCAGUGAGCGUUUCAUUUUUCCAGCUUUCUGUAUCUUAAGAUCCAGAUUUUUUAGAAAGUCAGUGUCUUCGACGAAGUUGCUAAGCAAAUCAAAACCUAUGAGGUGGUAUAACUCUGUUUCAGAAUACUGCCAUUAGGCGGCGCCAGUGAGCUGUUCAACUGUUUGACCGAACGUUUCUCAUUUUCCUGAUUUUUCAGCGAGUCAGUUCUUUCGGCAAAGUUGCUCAUGAGAUCCAAACCUUCAAGGUGGUAUAUCGAAUCGUAGUGUAUUCUUCCGCUAGGAAGCGCUAGUGAACCUGAACAUGUAAUUUUUUCUAUCUACUGUAUCUCAAAUUACUGACUCUUUGAUAGGUCGUUUUUGUUUUCCUUCGAACUUAAACCAAAAACCGUUGAAUGUCUGAGGGAAUAGAAUAAAUCAAUGAUCUUUCUUAUUCAGCUAAAAUAUUUUUUUUAACACCGAUGCAAUAUUCAUAAAAUUGUAUUUAUUCAUGAACAUGCACACAUAGAAAUUCAGAUUUGGAAAUCGUAAAACUGCUGUGAACCAUUUGUGUAACACCAUUCAGCUACUUACGAUGGUGGUCGGUAAAGGGAGGCUACUUACAAUACACACAGAAAUAAUAACACAACCUUCCUAAAUGCAGAAUAAUACUAAACAAAUACAAUUGUGUUUCAAUUUGUUCCACGUAUUGAUUUUAUUCGAAAAAUCGGAAUUAUACUAUUAUUCCGCGUAGAAUAUUAUUGUCUAUAACUAUUGAAUAGAAUGAAACAAUUUUACGUGUUAUCCGUGCCUUCUACUUAUUUGGUUGCUAAAUAUAUCUGAAUAAAAUGUUCAAAAUAUUUUCUUAAGACACUUUGGAUGUAGUCGGGAUACUAGAGCUACGUAGUUAAUGAAAAGUGUCAAGAAAGGUUCGGUUUGCUAUGACAUUUACUUUUUCCAUAUCUCACGUAAAACUUCAUUUCAAACUUCUUGAAUCAACAACUCACUUUUAAAUAGUCGUAAUCUUGAGAUUCAGAAAUCAUAAAUGUGGAUGGUCGCUAGCGCUACCUGGUGGCAGAAUCCACCAUUCCGUGUGCCACUUCGAAGAUUUUUAUCUCUUGUGCAAAAACAUCGAAGACACCGUCCUGUUAAUAAAUCAGGAGCUUCAGAUAACGUAGCGUAGGCCAAAUAUGGCAUGCUCACUAGCGCAACUUAGUAGAUACAGAAGAUCGAAAAAAAUAAUUCUCACUAGCGCCGCCUGACGGCAGAAUUCCGACAUAUUCAUUCGCCCAUCCAAAAGGUCAUAAUUUACCGCCCAAGUUUACAGACUAUCUGCGUUAUACAAAGUACAACGCGUGAGUGUUAGUUUUUCAAUAUUUAGCGCGAGUGGUGGAGGGUUAACAAAAUCGAAUUUAUACACGAGAAGUUACAUACACGCUAGCACACGUGACAUGCAAACCCCAAUGCGAUCGAACCAGUUAACGUACAAACGCUCGAACCUUCGCGACGAUACACGCGAUCGCGAAGUCCCUUCAAUGAAUAUCACAUUUAGAAUCACGUCUCGCUGCAAUUAGGCUUAAGCAGUGUUUUAGUGGGUGACAUUUCCCGUCUCGUCUGCAAUUGUAGUGUUUGAUUCUGACGGGGAGCUCUUCCGGGACCUUAGCUCUACAGCUUCAGUAGUACAACCUCAAAAAAUAGUAAGUUUUAACUUUCCACUUCCUUACGCAGAUACCUCGCAUAGAUAAUGGCGGACAACUAUUCAAAACGGCAUCGCAAAGCUUUCGAAGCAAAACGUGCGAAAAGUCUAACAAAACUCACCCGAAAUCCGACGCCGGUUACAACGGAUUGGCAAAUUUCGCGCCACAACAUCAAAUCUCGAACUCACUAUUUGUUCGAAAACGGGACGCUGACUGACUGCAGUUUUUUGGUUGGUAGAGAACCGAAAGAGCAAAAAUUGGUUGCAGCUCACAAGCUAAUUCUGGCGAUGGCUUCUCCCGUCUUCUACACCAUGUUCUAUGGAAGCCUUCCCGAGACGAAGAUGAUAAUUCCCGUAACCGAUCUCGAUCAUUCGGCGUUCUCUGCUCUACUGGAGUACAUUUACACGGAUGCGGUGGUCAUGGAAUCCGUAGACGAAGUUUUCGAGUUGUACCGUGCUGCCAAGAAGUACAUGCUCCAGUAUGUUGUCGAUAAAUGCUUGCACUUUCUAAUGGGGAACGCUAACCCCACCAAUGUGUUCCGUGUGUACGAGUUUGCCACUUUUUUCGAUGAACUGCAGUUGAAGGAACGGUGUCUCAGAAUCAUCCGCAGCCAAACAAUGGAAGUGAUCAAAGAUGAUGGCCUGGAAAAUGUUGAGCUUGAAACGCUAAUGAUGCUUAUGGAGCAAGAUGAGCUUACAAUUAGUUCCGAGACGGAAUUAUUCACUGCGAUUAAUAGAUACGCAGUAAAAAACGCUGCAAGCCUCGAUCCUCAACCCAAUCAGGAUCAAGUGAAAAACGAAGCUUCUCCGACUGCACCGUUGCAGGAGCAGCUGGUGGGUGAAGGGUCUUCCGAAUCGAGUGAUAAAUUAUUGAAGGAACCAGUUGCCGAUGAAACCAAGGAACCACAAACUGAUUCUGCACAAUCGGAGGAUGUGGAACAGAAAUUUGCGUCUGCACCCAUCUCCAUUCGGGAUUUAAUCAAGCGUGUUCGCUUUCUUUCAAUGACGCCGAAGCAAUUUGUCGAUGGCCCAAUAAAGACAACGUUGUUAACACAGCCGGAGAUGUUUGCCAUUUUGGCUAACAUUUCGUCGCCGGAUAGCGGUAUUCCGAUGCCUGAGGGAUUCAGCACCAGCCGUGCUCUGAGAGGUUCAAAACGGUCCCUGUAUCACUUUCAACAGUGACUGUUUUGCUGUGAAAUCACAAUAUAAUUUUUUACAUGAAAUACUUCGAAACAUUAUCAUUAUCAUUAGGUCAUUAGGUAGCCUAUAUAAAGCGAAAUAUAUUAUGUAAGGAUAAUGCUUAGAAAAAGUUUGAAUUGUUGUUAUUGUUCGGAAAGCCUCAGACAGUAUUGACGGUUCCAAUGUAGCUUCUGCCCCAUGCUGCACUCUCUAUUGGGUCGUCCAGUAUUGAGCGCAGAAUUCAUCUAAACAAACAGAACACUCGAUACCCGAGCAAGCGGAAAGCCCACACAAACACUAUCAUAUGGUUAGAAAAUAUGAUUGCAGUUUCCCCUACCUUACCCCAAAAACUACCCCCACUAGCAUGGGUGUUUGAAAUGAAAUAUCCCAUAAAAUAACUAUACCCUCCAGGGACGAGGACCAUGUGCGUGGUCCAUUGAAUCCAUCAAAACAGUUUGAUUUUAUGUAUUGUAACCAUAGACCAUGUGAACCACCAUUGGUAGGACCAUUGGUUAUACCUUAGAACGACCAUACAUUGCUAUAUUAUUAAACUAUGCUUUAUACCAUCGUUCCACCCUUACAUUGCCCUGUCAUUGUCCCAUUAUUUAUCCCACAGAACGACCACGGCGUCUACCAUGUGUGGACCAUAAUGUGCCCCAUAGUUUGACCAUACAUUGCACCACAAUUCACUUAUUGCCAUUAACGCUAUUGACACUCGAAAUACAAAGUUAUGUUUAUGCAAUCAAUUACAAUCGAUUGGUACAUGAAAAGGUAUAGGUCGUCCCUUUGAAUUUGACGAUAUUUGUCAACCAAAGGAAAUUUCUGUAUUUCUACUUAUUUUUGUCUAUUUUUGAGAAAAUAUAAGAUUUGUUCUUUCAGAAAUUGUAGCCGAAAUCAUUUACAAUCGAUUGAUUCAUAAAACGGUAUAGAUCAUCCCUUUGAAUUCGACAAUAUUUACCAACCAAAUUAAGUUUCUGUACUUCUACGUAUUUUUAUCUAUUUUUUGAGAAAAUAUAAAAAUUGAUGUUUCAGAAUUUGUAGCCGAUUACAAUCGAUUGGGGUGUAUAAGGAUGUAUAGGUCAUCGCUUUGAAUUGGGGUGCCAACUUAAUGAAAUUCCUGUACCUCCACGUAUUUUUGUCUAUUUUUUGAGGAAAUUAAAAAAAUGUUAUCUCAGAAAUUGUAGCCGAAAUCAAUUAGAAUCGGUUGGUUUAUAAAGAUGUAUAUUCAAAAUGUUUGUUAAGAAUAUUGUCGACAAGCGGUAUAUGUUAAAUAAUUUUAAUUCGACUGUAUACUCAAAGUGGUCAAAGUUUAUAAACCUUACUCUUGGCAGUUUAGUUGCUUAUAUUAUACAGUAAUAGUUCCACAAACGGCUUAGUGUAUAACAAAAGUUGACCAAAUGAAUGGAGAAAAGCAUCACCUUGCCUGAUUAAUUUGUGGUGGUUAUAUAAUCCAUGAGUUUAUCUCGUGCGAUAAAUUAAACAUUUUCUUAUAAUAAGAAAAUCAUGAAGAGCGAAUGUCUCAAUCCGUUAAAAUACGACAAAGUUAAAAGCGCUCAUAGCGAAAGAUCUUCUACUUGGAGGGGAUUUAUCUCGAAUGUGUUCGUAACAGGGCGGCGAUGCAGGCGUAACCGAUAGCAACACGUAGCUCAAAAUGUAUAUCAAAACGUCUUAUCAGAAUGAGCAGAAAAAUUUCGCAAGCAAAAUAAGGCCAACCAGCCCCGGUCUCCCCUACAAUUUAUCGACGCACUAUUUACGUUAAUGGGCAAUCAAUUUGCUGGCAUUUAGACGAGUUGAAGUAGUUUGAUUGCAUGUUACAUGUGUGCCUUUCUUCUACUUCAUUUUUCUGUUUCUGGUGUACUUUUAGUAGUUUGCUUUUCCGCUUCUCAUGUAUACCAUAAAUAAUAUCGGCUAAUUUAUACGCUUUUAUUUAAUGUCUGUAUCUUUUUUUCUUUCUUCGAAAUGUUAUUUUUCCUCUUAUUAAUAUAUUAUGGAUUCAUACUAAUACUCACUAACACAAUUGAUUGCAUUUUCUCUCAUAUACACUCACAACCUUUCUGAUUCUAAACAUACCAACGCUCGGGGCCUUCACGAUAACACAAACCUGUUCACAAACGCGAGCAUGCAAAUACAAUCACCCACCCGCAAAUUCGCCAACAUUAAAACACCCCGGUAAAUAAGGAAACUUUUAGCACUUAUAAAUUUACAAAAUAGGUUUCAAGCAUUAACCCACCGCUCGCGCGAUCAUGAAUCGAUCACGUACGGAAAUCUGUACCCUCGAUCCUAGCAGCCUCGAAUCAUACCAUCGAUUGGACCAAUCAAAAAAUGACGCUCAUAUUCACUAGACAACACUUCCAUGGCGACAUAACCGAGAACUCUAAUGAUACGGGGAAUCUCACUCUCUUAUAGCAUUCAGCACGUUAACAUACAAACGCUUAAGCCCUUCGCGAUCAUCCACGCACACCGAAGCCCGCAGUCUCGCAAAUAUGAAAUAUGUGAUUAAGUGAUUGUUUAAUAAACUUAUAAACGCGGUCUCAGGCGGGAAGUUACAAUCGCCCAUGUUCGCGCCGUAAUGCAUCCGUCACGUUCGGAAGUCUCUUCCUUCGGUCUCAGUAGCCUAGGUCCAUGCCAUCAGUUGGACCAAUCAUAACACAAAUGAACCUCAUAUCCACUAGACAACAUGGUUCGUUCCAUGGCGGCAUGAGUUCGGGAACUCUUGUGAUAUGGAAGAACUGGCUCUUCACUAGCGUCUGAACCGUACACCGAAAAUUAAGUUUCAGAUUCGUUGUCCGCGCGCGAUCAUCUAACGUACACAUCAGACUGCUCAGAAAAAAAAUAAAUUUUUGAAAACUCAAUUGGCCCACCCCUGAGUCAAUAAUUUCUAGUCCGACCAGGAGUACUUGCUCCAAAUUUGAAGCAAAUCGGACAAGUCUAGCUACCGGACCAACGCUCCUAAAGUUUGUAAGGGAUUUUUCAACAAUUUACAUGGAAAAAACUCACUAUCUCGCAUGUUCACCUCUAGGUGACAGUGUAUGCAUCGUAUUAUUGCUGUAAGUGAAAAUAAGAAAGAUAAUUUAAUUGUCUAUAACUUUGUCGAAGACUGCUAUUCAAUCCGGCGUUGUUAAAAAAAGUUAUUAAACUUUUAACGAAAUGAUGUCUGAGUCAGUUUUACAUGGGGCCUAACAGUGCAUGGUUGUGUAUCAGUACUCGAUUCCCGCGAACUAAAUAAUUUUGUGCAAUAACGGUUAGAUUUAGCUCAAUAGUAUGUUAAGAAGAAUUAUAGUAAAUGAUACCAGCCAUAUUUUGGUUAAAAAAAUUUAGUUCAAUCUGUGACCGCUUAGAGGGCGCCAACACUAACUUUUCAUAGAAGAGAGAUAGAACAUCGACAUGUAUGGAAGAAUUACUGCAAAAUGCCCGUUCUACAACUUUGUAGAAGACACCUAUUUUCUAUCUCUCUCCGUUGAAAAGUUAGUGCUGGCGCCCUCUAUGCGGCAACAUGUGGAACUAAAAUGUUCCAACCGAAACAUGACUCGUAUUAUUUACUAUAAUUCUUCUGAACAUACUAUUGAGGUAAAUCUAACCGUUAUUUCACAAAAAUCGAAUCGGGGGAAUCGAGGACAAUUAUGUACUGCUAGGCCCCAUGCAAAACUGACUCAGACAUCACUUCGUUAAAAGUUGAAUAACUUUUUUUAACAUAGCCGGAUUGACUAGCAGUCUUCGACAAAGUUAUAGAAAUUUAAAUCAUUUUUCUUAUUUUCACUUACAGUAAUGAUACGAUGCAUACAGUGCCACCUGGCGGUGAUAACGUGAGGUAGAUGUUUUUCUCCAUGUAAAUUGUCGAAAAAUCCCAUACAAACUUCAGGAGCGUUGGUCCGGUAGCUAGAUUUGUCCGAUUUCCUUCAAAUUUGGAGCAAGUACUCCUGGUGGGACUAGAAAUCGAAUCAGGAACGGUCCGGUAGGGGUAUUUUUUUUCUUGUCACACUAGUACACACGUGAACAUGCGAAUGGACACACGGUUGAAAAAUCGCAUUUAUACACGCGACAUACAAACACCCACGCGAUCGAACACGUUAACGUACAAGCGCUCGCGCCCUUCGCGAUGAUACACGCGAUCGUGAAGUUCCUACGUCCGAACAUAUCCAAACCGUACAAUGAAUAUCAUAUUUAGAAUCAUGGCCCGCGAGCUGCAAUUGGCCUUAAGUAGUGUUUUAGUCUGCAAUUAUAGUGUGUAUUUCUGACCCGGAACCCUUUCGAUAACCUAGCUCUACAGCUCCAGUAGGACAACACUCCAACGUCCUCUAAUCGCCAUAUUUUUAAUUCGAGAAAUGAACGAAACUAACUAAUUUACAAUGCACGAAAAUGUUCGGAUCUGCAGAAGAAGCUAUUCGUAGCAGAUUAACGAAUAAAUAUGUUCGGCGAUAUGAAUUUUUUGAGCAUAAUUAUUUUGAGGAUGCUUCGGAAAAUGGUUCAUAUUACCUGCUGUUGCUCGCAAGCAUUAGAAAGAUUUUCAUAUAUUUCAACAAUCACAACUCGUUUGAUUAAUGAAACAAAGUCAUAAUAGGCCUACGAAUGUCGUUUUGUGGUUUUUACAAAAAAAAACUGGUAAUAAAAAUAUAAACGGAAUAUAAUAAAAAAUAUUCCGUUACGCGAAAGUUGUCUGUCCGAAACCCAUUCGUAGUAGAUUCACGAAUAUAUUCUCUUAGUGAGUAAAUAGUAGCGUCAACUUGCCAAAUUAUCGGAAUUAACGGAGUAACACUGAGAGAAUAGGGGAACCCUGGGCUAUUCGGACCUACCUAAGCAAUUCGCCCUUUUAGGUGGAUAAAUGUGAAAAAAUACCGUUCAAAAGUCCUAAUUAUUAGUUUCAAACCUCAGCUACCUAUUGGUGCCAUGAAAAGUUCAUUUGCACCAGUCCAUGGCAUCGCUAUGCGACGAUUUUCAAAACUCUACGUUUAUUCAUCCUUUUACAAUGUAGGGGUGAUUCGCAUCUCCCUACGGGGCAAUUCAGACCGACAUUUUUUAUAUUGUUUUUUUUUACGAAGGAAUUUUAUUUACCUUUGGAAUAUUUAUUAGAGACACUCCUUAAGAAGCAAGAAAAAAUAAAUUGCGUUUCAAAAACUAUCGAUUGGCGCAUCAUGUAUUUUCUUUGCUGUGGCGUGUACAAUGGUGUGCGCAGCCGCAAGCUGCUGAACGGUGGUUGAUGGAAUAGGUGGUCCGAAUAGCCCCGUACGCUUAUUUCACACAAAAGUGGUGAGCGCCUUGAAAAUAUAUGUAUUUUUACAAAAAAAAAUCAUUCCAUGUAAUAGCAGCCUCAAGCUUUCCAAAACACUUGCCUUUUAUUUUUUUCAUUUUUAUUUGUUGCUUUGAUCACGGUUUUACCAUCAUAAUGAUUUUUGUUUUGAGGAUGGCAAACACAUGAAACACGUUGUAUCUCCUUUCUACAAAAAAACAAAGAAUUAAAUUCAGCUCUCAAACUUAAUGUUUUAGAAUAGCGGUUCCAUGAAUAUGUACGACAGUCGAAAAAUCUAGCGACUUUCUGAGAAAUCGAGGUGGUCCGAAUUACUCCCACUGUCUUAAUAGCCCCGGGUUCCCUAUAUUCGUAAAUAUGUUACGAAUAGGUUACGAACCGCGCAUAUUUUCCAGAAAAAUAUAUUUAAAAAAAUUACUUUCAUUUGUGGAUAUGUAAAAUAUCUUUAUGGAGAUUGAAAGCUCUUUUCACGCACUAUCCAAAAAAUAUAAUCAUUCAGGGAAUAUAUUGAGAAUCAUCUUCAAUAACACAAAAUGUUGAAAAUUAAGAAAAUUUACAUAAUAUGCUCGAAAACACAAUAUCGCCCACUUCUAGAAAAAAAUAGCAACAAUAACACAUUGGUUGCCUUGUACGCAGCUCACCUGGGCUCGAAUCCCAACCUCGCACAUAGGGUUUGAGAUUUUUCUUAAGAGAUUUUUCUAACCCGAAGAGGCGAAUAACCUUAAGAUUAAAACCUCUAUAAUCGAAAUAAAAAAAAAAUUGUGAGCUUAGUAGGUAGCCAAUUGCUACGAAACCAAAUUCACUGAAAGCUCCAUUUACGUAAUAUUCGAUUUACGAAACUUUUUUAUGAACCCAAUUCGAAAAAUCGAACUUUUUUGCGACGCAAGUGCGUAAAAAAGUUUGAGUACGUACAUUGUAGUAUAAAGUUAUAUACAAUUUAACAUAUUCUUACUAAUAGAAUUUGGGUAUUUUCGGAAUUGGAUUGACUUGUAGGUGACGGAAAUCGAUGUCUGAAGCCAUUUUGAAAUCCACUGACUUUUGGUUUAGAUAAAUUCUCUAUAAACUAAACAGUAUGGAUAUUUUAGCAAUGCGGUUUUUUUAUUCAUUUUUUUAUUCUUAAAACUAGGAGGAUACAAUGUUGAAAUAAUUUUUAUAAAAGAAACAUUUUUACAGCUAUCUUAAGACUAGAAAUAAGAUUAUAUAUAUACAAGAAAGGCAAAAGUUUUUUUUGUGAAAAAUUCAGGAAUUCAGUUUGAUAUACAAGAGGGGGAGUAAUAGUUUUUUUUGCGAAAUAUUUUACAGUUAUCUUAAAACUAACAAUGUAGUUUGGUACAAAAAAGGGGGAACAAAUAUUUAUGAGAAAUUUCACAAAUAUCUUAACCCUAGAACGUUGCACUUGCGUUUUCUAUCCUAGAACGUUGCACUGGGGUACAAAUGUACCCCACGCGUUUGAUCGCAAUUUUCGCAGGUAAAAACGCAAACCAAAGAAAUGUAUAAUACAUCAUUUUCUUCGUUUUUUUUAUUGCGAAAACAGCUGUGUGAGUGAAAGUACGGAAUUUAUUGAAUCAUAAAUAAAUAAAUACAUAAAUAGGAUUGAAUCAAAAAAUGGAAAAGAUCGUGGCUUUGACUUUAAGAAUCAAAUGAUUCUAAAAGUUGAAUGAAUGGUCUAGAAACGGCAUAAAAUGAAAUUUCGAAAUUUUUGAGAAAGGGUAAUUAUUUGGAAGAGUGAAAGUUCAAAAAUCGGGUUUUGGAAAAUACCACGAAAUGGGAUGGAAAUUGAAAUGAAAUAAAUAUUUCUGAUCAGUAAUACAUUCGUAACACGCAACGUUACUGUUACAGCAGUUACUGUGCGCAAAUUAUACUUGCAAGUCAUUAUUUUGAAAAUCUAUUAAAAAUAAUCAAUGAAGCAAUAAAAAUCAGCAAAAAUGAGAACGAUUUUUUCUACUUCAAAGUUAAAUUAAAUUAAUUGAAUAAAUGAUUAAAAACGAUAUAAUACUAAUUGUUACUUACGUAGUAAAAUUGUUACUUACGUAGUAAAAUAACCAGUAUAUAAACUGGUAUUGUCACCAAUCACAUUUCCACUGACAGCACGAAACCUGACGAAACCGUACACUGGGGUACAAAUGUACCCCACGCCAACUUUGACACCUGCUUCCACGAAGGCUAUAAGCAAACAGGCUAUACCAGCUUUCCCUACUCUUACUAGGAACUCUAAAUUGAAUUAUGGUUACGGUCCCAGGUCAGUAAAUGCCGAAUUCUCGUCUUCACACGGCUCCAAAGAAGCCGUGGGGUACAUUUGUACCCCAGUGCAACGUUCUAUUUACAAGAUGGAGGACAAUAGUUUUAAUAAAGAGUAAAAAUUACAGCCAUCUUAAAACUAGGAAUACAGAAUAUAAGCUUGAGACUUAUGUUUGGCCAAGAUAUUCAGAGGGGGGCUUAUUUCCAACAUCGGUGUAGCAGCAGUUGUAUCAAGGACAGGGGAGAGAAGGCGUAUAUGGUGACAGGGAAAGAAGAACAAAACUUGCAACUUUCGGGUAAACGGCAGAUCAGCGACACAAAUUAGCGCCUCAAUCUAGUAGGUCGUCGAGUACCGGGUUGGCGGAUGGUAUUCUUCGGACCCGCGGGGAAUUCUUCAAAAGUCAUCGGACCUCGAGUCGCUCUCGCCUUAGUUUCCUUCUUUGCAGGCGUGGUAAGGGCGACGGCGGUUACAUAGUGGCACUCUGGAGAUGAUCGGUUCCACAAGGCAGGAGGACCCUAGUAACGAUUCAGGUUUUAUGGUACACUUGAAGCUCUGCUUAAAUCUUAGAAUGCACUUGUAGUGUGCUAUAAAACCAGAAUUGUUACUUGGGGAAACUUCUAAAAACGAGGUAUAAAAGAGAGGAGCUAAUUUGGGAUAUUCAUCGUUUUUAUUAAAGUAUAAAUAAGGGACAUAUAGGGGAGAUCGCGAUUUCCCAGCAUAUCCUGAAAUUAGGUGGUCUACCUCGGGCUCGAAGGGAAUCCUUCAACUGAAACCUGGCGUCCAAAUACCCGGCACAUACCCAGACAACGUGCUUGAUGUCGUAAUAGUGCUCGCUACAAGCGCACAGGCAACUCUCCGCAAGCCCAAUACGCCGCAAAUGCGCAUCCAAGGUGUAGUAGUUGGACAUAAGUCGGGACAUUACACGAAUAAAAUGCUGACCCACAUCCAUCCCCCUGAACCAAGGCUUCGUUGAUAACAAUGGGAUAAUGGUAUGUAGCCAUCGUCCAAGUUCCCCAUUGCUCCACGAGGUUGAGUGUCCUCUGACGACAAAUACUCAAAAAUUCGU